AUGCAACCUAAAGUUAAACUCACCCCACGUAAGAUCGGUAUUCAGGGACCAUCAAUUCGGAAGAGAGAAUCUUCAAAGCAACCACAGUUCACUGAGGACGAGAAGGCCGAGUUGAAACGUCUAAGCACGAUGCUUCCGCCUCGAGCUGCCAAGGAGCAGGACCCUGCGCAACUCGUUCUCAACGCCGCCAACUAUAUCCAACAGCUGGUGGCCACCGUUAGAGCUCGUGUUCAAAACGGCACUCUUCCCAUCGAAGCUCUCGCAGCUCUGCCGCCCGGUUCUGCAGCUCCUUCGUCCCGAAUUACCAGGAAGAAGAGACGAUCCGUCGAGAAGCAACGUUAA